AUGACUACUGCAAACUGCACUGCUACCCCCGGGCGCUGUACCCAAACAGCUGGUUACAUUUCCAACGCGGAGAUAAAUGAAAUCAUCGCGUCUAACCCAACGGUGGAGGUGCUGUUUGAUGCUGGAAGUGAUUCUGAUAUCAUUGUCUACAAUGAAACCCAGUGGGUAGGUUACAUGACUAACACAACAAAAAGCACGCGUACCACGUACUACCAGGGGCUGAACAUGGGUGGCACGACUGAGUGGGCAAUUGACCUGGAGGAAUUUGUCACGGAUCCGACCGACCUCGACGCAUUUGAGUCUUACUUCCUCGAGAAGGAUUCCAAGAUCAACACCGUCUUCUCCGGAAAUGGAACGUGUGAUCUUCCCUCCUCGGACGAGACCGCGGCGCAGGCAAGUGAAGAACGCGGAGUGGCCGCAUACAUUGACUGGCUCCUGGAGGAGACGUCCACAAGCAGCUACGAAUGGGCGAACACCAUGUUCUAUAGCUCCGGGGUAACCACCUCAUGUGACGUCUAUCCGGACGGCCCUUGUGACUAUCCUACCGACUGCACCAGUUACAGCAGCACUCCAGAGUUCUGGGCUGAAUGGGUAGUGGCAAAUUUCUUCGAGUAUGUGGUGGAAUUCGGGGCGCUUUUCGACUUCGCGACAUUCAACCAGUCCAACGCUGUGGGGUCAAUAGCUACCGACUUUCCUGUGAAAUCUGGAGCAACAGUGCCCUCCGUCAGUACUGUGUUCACCAACGUAGGUGGAGUGUUAGGAAUCCUGGGGAGCACGAUUCCCCUAUUAGAUGCGGAAACGGAUACAGCAUCAAGUGUUAUAGGCACGCUCAGUGGGCUUUUCUCCACGGCUGGGGGCGACAUCUCGGACAGCGAUUCGACCGCACAGGAGAGCCAAGAGCUGCUUACACAAGUCAGCACGGUUUUUACGGCGAUGGUAUCGGCGGCGAUGACGAUACUGGAGGAAAUUUUCCAGAACGGUAACAUCUCCAGUUGGCCGGCGGACUUGCGCGAGGGUGACUAUAACUCAGAGGUGGCCAACUUCUUUGAUGGGCGGUACAUGUUCAAACUCACAGGGACGCAGACGACUGCGAUUGAGACUACUUUCAACGCAAGGCUUCAAGAGUAUCUAGGCGCGUACUCGACGGGCGACUGCGCAUCAGUAACAAGCGGUACUGUCAUCGGAGAUUACUGCUACACUCUGCAGUAUCCAGGAGCUGGCUGGGAGCUCACCAAGCAAAUAAUGACGGAAACAAUCAGCAGUUCCGACCUCACCAAGCUUACCGACACCUACGGAGUCGACCUCACCACUCUCUACGACAAUGCCUACACCUGUCAGAACACCACCGGCACCUACGCCGGCACAGUAGAAUUGGAUGUCCUUGAGGCCACCUCUUCACUUCCUACUUGCUUCUUCAAUCUCCCUGUCUUUACCGUUGAGACCUCGUCUGAGCCCAAGAUCAACAACUAUCUCUCCUCGCCCUGCCUCGUCUAUCACUACAAUACCACCGAGGAUACCCCAGAAGUCGGUGUCACCUGGAUGCCAGCCAACCUGGCAGAUAUUUUUGUGAAAGACUUCUGUCAAUGCAGUGCUUCUGAACGCGAGUGCACGGAGAUUUGAAGUAGAGUGACCGAGUAGUCGACUCACCAAAAUGGGCUCGUUACUCUCAUAUAAAGCAGUCCUGGUGAAACGAAGAGUGGGCGAGGAAAGC